AGUCGGGAAAAUGAGGCUGACGCAGUCAACAGACGUUUUAAUGACAUGGAAUCUGAGCCAUUAUACUCGGCUGCUACUCUGCUGGAUCCAUGUUACAAAGACAGGUACUUCACAAAUGCAGACACUUUGAGACUUGGAAAAGAAGCAUUAAUGGCAGAGGUAGGAAAGAUGGAGGAAGUGUUGAAGACUACAUCUGAAACUACAGCCUCCGAGCCAGCAGACAAAACUCCACGGAUGGAGGCUUUAGGCACAAGUACCAGCAGCCUUGGCAGCAUCUUUGAUGAAAUCCUGGAGGAGAGCCAAGUAUUACCUGUUCCUAAGAUAACCACAAGUGCACAAAUUCAAGUGGAGACCUACCUAAGUGAGGCAAAUAUUCCACGGUCGGACAAUCCCUUGCUUUACUGGAAAGUAAACCAACCUCGACUGCCCUCCCUGGCAGCCACGGCAGCUAAGUUUAUCUGUGCUCCCUGCACAAGUGUAGAGAGUGAGAGGCUCUUUAGCACAGCCUCAAAUGUUAUGGAUGAAAGAAGGAGCAGGCUGACGUCGGAGACAGCUAAAAAACUAAUCUUCCUAAAGAAGAAUCGGCCCCUCAUGUUUAUGUGAGCAAAUGUAAAACAUGUUCAAGAGCUUUGUUACAGAUAAACGGCACCUGUGAAAGUGAUUUUUUAUUUUAUUUUUAUAAUUGUUAAAAAUAAAGCAGCUAGGUCAGUAAGGUUAAGUUUGAAACUGUUUAAGGUCAAGGCAAGGUUUAAACUGUUUGUUAAUGUUAUGUUAUUUAUUUGGAAUGUUAUACAUAUUUAUUUGUGUCUUAUAGUGCCAUUUUGUUAUUACUACUGUGAUUUGCACAUAGCUGCACUGUAAGGGAUAGUUUUGUAUUUAUUUGUUUAUUUACAAUGCUGAAUGCUGCUGUUUAAAUUGUUUUAACUUUAAACCUGUUAGUAGCUUUAAGUACUGCAGUACCUGGGUUUUUGUAGUGUUUGAAUAAAGGGUGGCAGUCUUUCAUAAUCAACUGUUGUUGUGGACUAUAUACUGGAGAAGUAUUUGUUCUCCAUUUGAGUGAGAUGUUUUUAGGUGGCUAAUUGAGCAAAGUGCUUCCAUAUAUUUUAUUAUUAUUAUUAUUAUAAGUUCAAGAAUAAAACAAA